AUGGGCCCCACUGCCCGCCCCGCGCUGAGGUCGCCUUCGCCACCUCCUCCUCCGCCGCCGUCGCCGCUGUUGCUGCUACUGCCACUGCUGCCGCUCUGGCUCGGCCUGGCAGGGCCCGGGGCCGCGGCUGACGGCGGCGAGCCCGCAACUGGUGCCGAGCGGGGAGGGGCCCGCGCUGUGCGAGUGGACGUGAGGCUGCCUCGGCAAGACGCUCUGGUCCUGGAGGGCGUCAGGAUCGGCCCCAAGGCCGACCCAGCGCCCCCGCUGGGCGGCCGUCUGCUGCUGAUGGACAUCGUGGAUGCUGAGGAGGAGGUGCCGGUAGAUGGCUGGAUUGCAGUGGCAUACGUGGGCAAGGAGCAGGAGGCCCAGUUCCAUCCGGAGAGUCAGAGCAGUGGCCCCCAGGCCUAUCCAAAGGCCCUGGUCCAGCAGAUGCGGCGGGCGCUCUUCCUGGGAGCCUCUGCCCUGCUCCUCCUCAUCUUGAACCACAACGUGGUCCGAGAGCUAGACAUUUCACAGCUUCUGCUCAGGCCAGUGAUCGUCCUCCAUUAUUCUUCCAACGUCACCAAGCUGUUGGAGGCACUGCUGCAGAGGACCCAGGCCACAGCUGAGAUCACCAGUGGGGAGUCCCUGUCGGCCAACAUUGAGUGGAAGCUGACGCUGUGGACCACCUGUGGCCUCUCUAAGGAUGGCUAUGGCGGAUGGCAGGACUUGGUGUGCCUGGGAGGCAGUCGGGCCCAGGAGCAGAAGCCCCUGCAGCAGCUGUGGAACGCCAUCCUGCUGGUGGCCAUGCUCCUGUGCACAGGCCUCGUGGUCCAGGCCCAGCGGCAGGCAUCCCGGCAGAGCCAGGGGGAGCCCGGAGGCCAGGUGGACCUGCUCAACCGCCGCGUGUUGCAAAGACUGGCAUCCCUCAAGACCCGGCGCUGCCGGUUGGGCAGGACGGCACAGGGUCCCCCGGAGACUGGUGCCGAGACCUGCGCCGUGUGUUUGGACUACUUCUGCAACAAACAGUGGCUCCGGGUGCUGCCCUGUAAGCAUGAGUUUCACCGGGACUGCGUGGACCCCUGGCUGAUGCUGCAGCAGACCUGCCCACUGUGCAAAUUCAACGUCCUGGGCAAUGGCUACUCAGAUGAUUAGCUGCCCCAGCUGGGUCUCUGAGCAUGGAGAUGGGGACCCCCUCCUCCUGCCCGUGCUCCGGCUCUCAGCCGGGGCUCUUGGAACAGGAUAGUGGGAUGGACAAGACAGAAAACCCCGUGAGUGGGAGGAGGGAUACGGGCUUCCCCUGCUGAGGAGCAAGGGACCCCACCACUUCCACUCUGGCCAAGAGGUGCCCACAUCCCCCAGGCCGAGGAUGCAAGGCCCAGGCCUGCUGGGAAGUGAGAAAGAGAGGCCCCGUGGGGCUCUUUUGUACCAUCCUGAGUUGUGUGUCUGCCUUCCUUAAAGGCAGCUCCCAGAACCCUGGGCAGGGGCCUGGGGAAAGAGGACGUGAGCAGCACAGCUGCUCCCAGGGCUCUGGAUGCUCUCUGGCCUGCCUGUGAGCACCUCCUGGGGGCGGAGGCUGCCGUAGCCAGUU